AUGGCAAGUUCAUCAGCCUCGGGCAAUCCUCGAUUCCCAGUUCACGAAGGCAAGGGAAACGGUUCCAAUUGUGCACCUCCCAAUGCGUCAAAUUCGGUAUUUCCUUUAUCACUAGGCACUCUAACGAUGGGAACCGUAAAAAUUCUUUUCCAAUGUGAGGCCAGUCGAGCAUUCUCUCGACAACUAGAGAUUUCAGGUGCUGAAGCCUUCCGAGAGGGCCUCGUAAGUGGACACUCGACAGCUUGUGAUACGGUUCGCCAAACCAGCUCGGCAGUUCAAUUCCUUGAGAUUCUCGUGUGGACGAAGGCCCGCGAGGAUUUCCCCAUCGUUCGAUCUGUGCUCUUCCCACUCCAAUUCCAGCCUGUCGAUAAACGGCUUCUUGUGCAGCAUGGCUUCUUGAGCCUCGGCCAAAUUUGGUACAUACCGCAUUUUCCCGAGCUGCCCAACCCCACACCCUACGUCUUGUCCCACGGGAAAUACGGGCAGGCCUUGAAGAUCGACCAGUUUUCCAAACUCGGGUGGCAUUCGACUAAGCUGCCUCGUGUUCAGAUGAAGGUGCCUAAGGCUCACCAUGUUCUUCAUGCCGGCAGGCAGCUCAAGUGUUUCAAGUGGUCGAUAGAGUCGGGCAACUCGUCGAGUCCCGCGCGACUCAAGUCAAGUACCCUCAAGACUUUCAACCUCAGAAAGAAGUCGUACGGGACGUGUGUACCGGAAGUAGUGUUUCUCCCGCCAUGUAUCAUAACUCGAAAGGUUCGUAAAUUCUCGUACCAUAGGAGUGAUCCCGAGAGAAUCGCCAGCUGUCGGCAAGCCAACGAGAAAUGGCGCGUGUUUCUUGAAAUCGUGUCUGUGAGAAUGAGGUCGUCAUCAUCUUCGACGCGCAAACACGAGCGACACGACACGGCUUGGGCCAUCCAGUGGAUGGUGUCGUGCAUUGUGUAA